AAUACUACACUGUACGGCCCAACAGAAGUACCUACUACUUAAGAGAAAAGUAUCUACUAGUGUCGCAGUAAGCGCGUGUCAAAGUUCUCAAAAUUGACAAGACACUUGUCAAAACUCGUUUUUCUAUCAGUGCGUCUAUUAGUAUUAAGUUUGUUCGUGUAAUUCGGUUCGGAUUCAAACUUUUUAAAAGUUCAGUGUUUAUAAUACUGGUUUAACUAUGAGUGAUUCUUCAGAUUCCGAUGCAACAAAAGAGCUAGGACAAGAUAAAAACGAACAAGUAUUAUUUGUUACUCUACUUGAAAGUUAUCAAAUUUUAUUUGAUAAAAAGAUGACACCAAAAAUUAAAAACGAAAAAGAAAAUGCACUAAAAAAAUUAACAACUGGCUUUAAUAAAAUAAUGGGAAAAAACCUAGACACAAAACAAAUUUUAAAAAAGUUUAAUAACAUGAAAACAAAAGUUAAGAAAAUAGUUGACUUGAAAAAAACUGGAAAUAAAAGAAUUGUACUGACGGAAUAGCAAAAAAAAUUCUACGACUUAUGGAAUGUAGGAGAAAACCCAAUUCUACACAGAGUACCAGGUGCAUGUCAGGCCGGUGUAAGCAAUGAGAUUGAUGUUUCCUUCCAAAACAGUGAAGAUGACUUCCUCUUCUGGCUCCAAACAAGUCAUGACACCUAAAGGUUCUAAAGCAGCUGAUAAGGAGAAGACACUUAUUCAACUACAAAAGACCUGUCUACGAAAACAAAUUGAAGCAGCCGAAGCCCAAAUUUCUGCUUCUCGAGCUCAACAGUCUUCAGCCGAAGCUCAGGAACGGGCCGCGAUUGCAUUGGUAAAUUUUGCCAAAGCUGGUGGGCAGUUAGUUGACCAUUUAAUUAGGCGGGACAUGUUGGAUUAUUAAUAGGAAUAUAAAAUCUACGUAUCCAGGUUUGCUAAGGAACCUUCAGCAGUAGAGCAGAGACUAUAGUCGGAUUACCGAACAGAUGGAGUAAAUGAUGUGCGCGAAAUAUAAGCCCGCCCAUCGAUGCAACUUUGGCAGAUUUAGACGAAGAGAAUUAUGCCUUACUACUUAUUUUAAAUUAUUUUACCGUACAGCUUUGCUUUGUAAGCAGCUUUUUUUUUAAUAUAAUACGGUCGCCUGCAAAAUGGGUCCAAACCGAUUUUAAGGUUGUGCCAGAGAGCCUGAACCGGCCCCCCCAUAUCAAAGCGAUGUGACAUUCGGGACAAGGCCUAGUAAUGACAGCGCCCCCCAGAAUUGUCAGUUGACUGUGAACGACGCUCCCUUUCGGAAGAAUGCUGCUGUUUACCUCCCUCCUGCUGUCACUUUUGACAGCUAUAGGGGUCGGCGAUGCUACCCAAGACUCUACUUUGCUAGACCUGGACCCAGUACAACCCCAAAACAGCUCCACCCCAAAACCGACUCAAACGGAACAAGACGAAAACCUCCUGCUCAACAGCGACCUCCCGAUAUUCCUCGCGGAGCCUCAGAACUCGUUUGUAGUGAAAAACCGUGCGGCCACUCUACAGUGUAGAGCGGCCCACUCGCUCAAGAUCUACUUUAAAUGUAACGGAGCCAGGAAGGUAGACACUCAGGAUUUUCAAAUUGUCGAUCCUCACACCGGAGUGAGGAUCAUGGAGGCGGAAGCGAACGUCACCAGGGAUAUGGUCGAGGAGUUUUUCGGGAAGGAGAAGUUCAAAUGCGAAUGUUACGCGUGGAAUGGCAAAGGGAGCAUUAAGAGUCAGAGUGCCACAGUGGAGGUUGCAUACCUAAAAAAGCAAUUCGAAGUGAAUCCAGAACCCGUCAUUCGUGUGGAGCUAGGACACCAUACGGAGCUAAAGUGCAUUGCGCCCCAAGGGAUGCCACCCCCAAGGAUCUAUUGGCUUAGGGGGGGACAAAUGUUGCAAUCUGAUAAGACAGUGUUGGUGACCACUGAGGGCCAUCUUCUUAUAUCAGAAGCCAGGACCCAGGAUACCGGGAAUUACACGUGCGUCGCUGAGAAUAUUGCCGCCAAGAGAAUGGCUCCCAGUACCCAAGUCGUUGUAUAUGUUAACGGCGGUUGGUCAUCGUGGGGCCCAUGGUCAGACUGCCAAUGUCCAGGCGAAGUACUCGCCACUGGUAAAAUGAGCACCAGGUCGUGCAACAACCCACCGCCGAGUAACGGAGGUCAACCCUGUCACGGAUCGGCCGUCAAGAGAACGAAAGACUGCGUUUUAUGUCCGCAAGAAGAGUUGGUAUUGGACAGUGCGUAUGACUACGACUAUGGUAACGUGGAACCGCCCCAUUGGUCUCCUUGGUCAGACUGGUCUGACUGCAACGAGGACUGUUUAAAAGUAAGAAAGAGACAGUGCAUCCCUGGUACCGGAGGUGGAAGCAAGAAAAGCUGCAGUGGCAAGGACGUGCAGACCAGUUCGUGUUCUUCGAAUGUUUGUAGAAGCAUGGAGCUGACUAGAGUUACAGAAGCAAACAUCCAGAGCACCCAAAACGACAUUCUCCUGUACAUCGGCUUGACAGUAGCGAUUUUCCUAGUCUGCCUCCUGUCAUUUUUCGUCAUACGUCUCUAUCGCAAAAAGGGACAGCACCAGAGUCUUUAUAACAUGGCUGCAAGUGAUUACCAUCCAGAAUUCUUCCCAGAACACGACAAAAAGUCCCUGGGGCUACAGCCAGACCUAACGCAAACAGUGCCCGGAUGCUACGAGUAUCCUUACACGACCCCAGCGACCUCUGUAACCAGAUCAGUAUCCGAACACCACUACGACGUCCCACAUUUGGCUUCUGCCUCUGACAUACAACUGUCACCUGCUACUAGCUCCACUUUAGAGUCCUCUAGCGGCAAAAGGAGUCAAAUGAGUGGAUCCACCAACCAUUCCGACUCCACUUAUGACGUGGCAACAGACCAAGUGACCCUCCCACUCUCGAACCUUCCCACUGCCUACGCGGUCACGCCCACCACGAGCGGAAACUACACCAGCGCCACCGUAACAGCAAACGGGGCAUUCCUGAACCUUCCCGAGUCCGGUGUGAACCUGUUGGUGCCGGAAGGUGCCAUUUCCAGAAGCCGCAAACAGGAAAUCUUUCUGAGUAUCCUGAACGAGGAUUGUUUUCGUCCGAAGUUGGCCGAGAAUUUGACCCAACUCAGUCCGGUGGUAUCGUGCGGACCAAACGUCAGCCUUAACAAAGCGGUGGUGCUCAAGUUGCCUCACUGCGCCGAACUGAUGCGUGGAAACUGGAUCAUUUCGAUUUUGCAGAGCGAUUGUAGCGACUCGCAGUGGCAGAACGCCGUCACUCUAGGACAAGAAACUAUUAACUCUAAUGUAUUUUGCCAGUUGGAUGCCAGUUCGGCUUUCCUAGUGACCGAAUGCCUGUCCAGGUUCGUUAUGGUGGGCAAAUCCGCUCCUGGUUUUAAUGGCGUUAAACGACUGAAACUGGCCGUGUUCGCUCCGAAGUUAUGUUUCCAGACCACGAUAGAUUAUUGCGUGAGGGUGUACAUCUUAGAAGACACGGAUAGUUCAAUGGAAACGGUGUUCGGACAAGAGAAGCGCCUAGGAGGAUACCUCUUGGACGAGCCGCGUUCAAUGACGUUCCAAGACGGAGGCAGCGCCCUCUGUCUGAACUUAGAGUCUAUUAGUGAGGGCUGGCAAUCCAAGAUGGGGUCUAGCCAUCAAGAAAUCCCGUUCGCGCAUGUCUGGCAAGCGAACAGCAACAGUCUCCACUGCAGCUUCACCUUGGAAAGUUACGAGGUCUGUAGACAUUUGAAUUUCAAGUUACGCGUGCAGCAAAAGGGUUACGACUACCAGCAGGUGUUCGAUAUAAACUGUAGUGACGACUUAGUGCCAAAAAUCGUGAGUAAUAACAGCGAGACCAGCCGGUCGAGUGACUCGAAGAAAAGUGCCAAAAGUGACCAGAGUAGUCUGAAGAAGAAUCUCAUUGUGACUGAUCGCGGGGUGUCCACGUGCGACGAUUUCACUUUUAGAUUGAGUAAGAACAUUCGGAAGCAAUUGUGUAUGUUACUCGAUCCACCCACUCAGAGAGGAAACGACUGGCGCAUGUUGGCGCACGCGCUCAACGUCGAUAGGUAUAUUAACUUUUUUGCCACGAAAGCGUCUCCCACCGACUGUAUUUUAGACUUGUGGGAGGCUAGAAAUCGGGGCAGUAACGCUUUGAGUGAACUGAAGCAAAUAUUUGGAGAUAUGGAGCGUUAUGACGCCAUUACUAUGUUGGAGAAUUGUUUAGGGCCUAACUGGUUGUAAGUGGUUGUAGUUGGUGGGCAUUUUGGUUGCAAUAAACUUGAGUUCUUGUGUAAAGUACUUUAGAAUCUGAUUUAUUGACCAAUUAGACUUAAUACCAGAUACACGUCAAUCUAUAGAUAAUGUGACGUGGCAAGGGCAUGGCUUGUGUCAUACCAAGCUCCUCCCUUUUUUCAGUGAAAUUUAUGUUGCCAAUCAACCUAUUGUCAAGGCACCUUGGGAAAUCUCAAUCCCGGACAUUUAAGGAUGUCAGACACUCUCGUUACUGAAAGUAAAUACUGAGUAGAUUGAGGAUUUUAAUGUUUAUUCCUGAUGCGUCCGGGAUUAAUAUUAUGUAGAGCUUAUGUACAGGGUGUUACAAUUUCGUGGGAAAAUAUGAAAAUAUUCCGAAUUGCUGGUCAAUUGCAAUGGUCAAACUUUAACAGUCCAUUUUGUGUUCAGAGUAAGCCUUGAUUAGGUAUUGCAUGAUCAUGUUCAAGGCUUCAGCUAAUUUUACCUUUAUUAUUACUAUACAAUUCUCGAGAUACUUCCCAUCUAACCUACUAAUACUACCGCUGGAACCAUGUGAUAUUUCAUUAAAUACAUGUCUUCUACUACUAAUACUACCACCAUUAUUACUAAAUGAAUUUUUUAAAUAAACCGAAGAAGAAGAAUAAUUCAGUUGUCCGAGUAUUGAAGACCUAUUGAGUGAAUGGUUUCCUAAGCUUUUUAAUAAUGGAUCUUUAGCAUGACAAGUAACUAUUAUUUUACCUUUGGCAAAGAAUGCAUUACAGACUUAAUGGAGGUUGACUUAUUUCUAAAGACGCUUUUUUUUACAUUUAGGUCCGUUAUUUAUAGAACGGUAUAUUCCGUUAUUCACCAAAUUAGCAGCUAGAUAAACUAAUCGACAGACAAUUUACCAAAGUUAUAGACUUACUUAAUUUUUCAGUUUUCUGCUUGAAAAUUCUUACAAAAAUGUAGACAAUAAUCCAUUGGAUGUCCAAAAUUGGCUGUCCAAUAAAUAUUCUUUUUUUGUAUUUGGAAAUACUGAAUAAUAAUUGGACUAAUUUUGAAUGUUAUUGUGCAUUGAUGCUUUUCUAAUAAAUCUAAAAAAUAGGUCAUUCCUGUCAGUAAGGAUUCAAUUGCUGAAUUUUGAUCAUUCAGAUUUCCUAGGAUUUCUGUAUAUGCCUUAUUUUUUUAUUUCUAUAGGAAUAAGUAUUUCUUAUUUAGUUCGAUUUUCUUAUUAUUUAUUUUAAUCUUCGAAUUUGCUUUCUUUAACCCUGGAGUGCUACACUUAUUUUUACAGCGUAAUAUGCUACAAUGGGGUACUGUUGUACCCCAAAUAAAAAGCAUUCAAAUCAUUUAUUUAUUUUUACAAAAAUUUGUUUUAUUUUUUAUUCUGCACAAGUGGGGCAUAUUUUCUUUUGGUGCUGUAAACAAAUAAAUUUUUUGCAUACGUGGUUGCAACGAACAACCAACCCAACCCAACCCAACCCAACCCUAGAUUUUCGAUCGUCGCUUCUUAAACAAAAUUCACAUCGACCUACAGUAGGCUCUGGUUUUGUUGGUGCUUCCACUACAUCUUUUUUUUUUAGUACAUUGCAAAUAGUUUGCCGGAGUUCGCGCCUCAAAGUUGGAGUUUCCAAACGACGUUGCAUUUGAGGUUUUAUUAGAGCAAGUGCUAGUUUUUCUAAGAAAGCUCUUCUCUUGGUUACAAUUUCUUUUUCAGGAGCACUAGAACCUCUUAAAAGGAUCAUCGAGUUAUACCCUAUAAUAUUUAACAAAUUAUAAAAUAGACAUAAGGACCAACAACGAGUCUUUCUGUUAGUUAAAUAUGUGUGACACAAUUGGUCCAAGGUAUCUACUCCCCCCUUGGUUGAAUUAUAAAAUUUAAUUAUUUCCGGAAUAUCGGUUGAAAGUUACUCAUCUCCUUUUUCGUGCAUUGUGGAUAGCAUUAAAACAAUUUUUUUUUUUAAUUCUUCGGUGGACAAAAAGAUAAAAGUGUUAAUUCGUCACGAUAGCAAAACAUUGCUGUACCAUUUAUUUCCCUACCUUUAAGGUCCAAAAAUAAUCCUGGAAUUUCUUUUUUGUUCUUCCUUAAUGUACCAACAAUAGUAAGCUUUUUAUCUAAAAGCAUUUUUGCUGUAUCUAUAGAGGUGAACCAAUUGUCCAUAGUCAAAUUUCUAUUCGUUCCUUGAAAGGAAGAGGUAAGUUUGUCGCAAUAAUACUGGGCAACAGGAACAUCCCGUGGUGUGGAGUCCUUACCUACAUACACUUCAGCAUCAAGUACAAAAGCUGUUUUAGCAUCACAGCACAUCACAAGCUUAAUACCAUAUUUGUCUGGUUUCGAAGGAAUGUACAUCCUCGAAAUCCAACCAAUUGUUCGUCGAUUGUGGAUGUAUAAAUUCUUCAUUUUGUUUAUAGAUCUUUCAAAGACCUCCCGAAAUACUGCAAGUUUGUCAGUUUCUCUUCUUUGAGCUCGAGUAUCUUUAUCGUCAAACCGCAGGCAAUUUACCAAGAAUCUAAAACGUGCUUCUGGCAUUGUGGCUCGAAAUAUUGAUAUACCACUAUCUUUAUCAAAAAGUUCGUUGGUAUUUACACCAUUCAUUUUCAUAACUCCUGCAGAAUAAAAUAAACCAAAGAUGGCUUGAAUUUCAAUAUUGUCGGUGUUUUUGGUAAAUGAAGCAGCCGUGUUAGGAUCUUCGGCCUGAUUAUUGGGUUUCUUUUUUCCAUAAUUUAAUCUUUCAAGUUCUAUUUCUUUGUUAGUAUAUUCUGUAAUUUGAAUUAAAUUUUCCAUGGUAAAACAUAACUUCCAAGCUUCUAGCCCUGACUGUAGAUUCCUUGACUCGUUUUUGUUUCCAGGUAAAUGUAGAACAAGAUUUCUUUUUGGUGUACGACGAACUGAUUGUCCUUUCACUCCUGACCACUUAUACUGAUUUUUUUCUUGUAGUUUAGUAGGAACCUGUAAAAUUUUAACUUUGGUUUUAUACGUGCGUUUUAACUGAGCCAACGGUAUAUCGUUGUCGGAUUCAUUUUCAAAAUCGUAGCAAACUGAAGUGAAUGGAAUGGCCUCGACAUUUUCGGAGGUCUCGUUUUCCUCUGGAUCGGCUCAAAAGAAAUAAAUAUAACUAAUUAAAAUAUAUAUUUUACAAUUUUAUUUUAUAAAUUUCGUGCAAUGCUUACAUGCAAGCGCAAUAAACUAUAAUAAUCUGCUACACUGGGGUACACCUGUACCCCUGCUACUAAAUAUCUCAAGAAUAAGAAAAGUACUGCGCGACACUAAUAGUACUAAUACCACACAUGAACUGACUGCUCAUAGAAAGAAACUACUUAAAAGGCCACGCCUGCAGGGCUACCUAUUUUUAAUAGGUCGUACUUUGAAACUUCACUGGGGUACAACUGUACCCCAAAUAGCAUUCCAGGGUUAAGAAAUUUAAAUAACAAUAAUGAAAAUUUUAUAUUAAAUGCGAUAGGUGGCUCAGUAUGGCUUGUAGUUUUUUAAGGGUAGGGUUCUUUCCUGAUCAUUAUUUCAAACCUCUAUUAAUUGAGAAUUUUAGAAAUAAUUGUUGUUUUAAAACGUUUCUCAAUAUAUAUGUUUAUUAAAAAAAUUAAGGCUUAUUCUCAACUCAGAAUGCGCCUUUACGAGACACCCUUAGUAUACUGAAUUUGUAACACUCUGUAUACUGAAAUGUGAUUUUCUAUAUUGUAGUAUAAUUAAAGAGAUGUAUAAGUAGGUACACAUAUGUAAUUUGUCUAAUUACGUUUAAAUCUCGUUAUUUAUAUCCAAAAGUAUCACUAUUGUUAAAUGUUAUAAUGGUCAUUAUUUGACACACUUUAAAUUUGUGCAAUUAUUUACUUUAAUUUUUUUCAAAAUGUAAAUUUGGGUUCAUGUAUGUAUGUAUGAUGAUGGUCACUUGUUGUUAUUAGGCACAAGACCCCCAAGGUGAAUUAUUUGUAUUAAAGCUUUAUAUUGGGCUAAGCAUUCAUUAACUUGUAAAAUAGUUUCAGCGCCAAAUAAAUUAUAUUAUAUAGACCUAAUGAUAUAUAUAAAUGUAAUACACAACUCCUAAACAUGUAUAUAAUGCUUAUGUAAAAGUACAUUUUGUUUGAAAUGGCCUAAUAAACAAAUAGAGUUAACUAUGUAUUACUGCUUAGCCUACCAAAGGACAAAUAUUUCGAAAUAUAUGUAUUUAUACAAUAUAUACAAUUUUAUACAAAGUAAAUCAAAAAAACUGUAGUUUUCUAGAUGUUUUAGAGAAGAAUGUUUUGUACAAAGCGACUUAUAUGAAUUAGCGUUUAGUAUAUAUCGUUAAAAAUUGUAUUUAAUUUUAGAUAUCCAGCGAAAAUACGGUGUAAAUAGAUCGUCAAUAUAUAUUAUAUUAACAUUU